AUGGGCGUAGAUUCGGUGAAGGAGAAGUCAGCUGAGGUUGAGUGGAUUGCGUUGAUCGCCACCCUGCAUAUUGUACUGACUCCAUACAUGAGGCCAGCUAUGGUAAUCCCGCUGGAGACGUUGCCGUUGAACAAUAGCGGAAAGGUUGAUCGCCGGGCAAUAGCAGCCAUGCCAUUGCCAACUUCACAAGCAUCCUUUGACGCAUCGAAAGCAACACCAGGAAGAAAAUCAACGCUUGUCGAAGGAGAGUUGAGACUCAUUUGGCAUGACGUGAUAUCCCAAGCAGAGAUUGUUAAUGGCACGAACCUUGAGCCUGACACGGACUCCUUCCACGUUGGGGGCAACUCACUGCUCCUCGUCAGACUUCGAAGUGCAAUCCAAAUGUCAAUGGGUAUUGCACUAUGUCUCAGCGAUAUGUACCGCUCCAGCGCGUUGUAUGGAAGGGCUGGUCUAGUGACACAACAAGAGAGCUCUGACUAUUUGCGUGAGGUUAUUGAUUGGGAGGCUGAGACAGCUUUGCCUCAUUCCGUUGACUUAAGCUACUCGAGUUAUGCAACUCCCAUCAGGACAGAUGUUGGUCUUGAGAUCCUUAUGACAGGCUCAACAUCAUUUCUGGGGAAGCAGAUCCUCCAAUCUCUGCUGAGCUUUUCGUCAGUUUCACGUAUCUACUACAUCGCUGUUGACCCAGACUCUGAUGUCAGUCAUCCCAAGGAUGAUCGCGUCACGCUAUAUCAUGGCAGUCUGAGUGAACCAAUGCUGGGACUCAAAAAUGCUGCCCUUCCACUAGUCAGGGUCAGAGACCAUGAGCCUCCUACGGACGGCUCUGAGGGGUUCACAGCAGCCAAGUGGGCAGGUGAAAUCUUCCUCGAAAACCUCUCCAUUGCAGCCAUUGCCAAUGGUUCAAGGGAGCUCCCUGUCGCAAUCCACCGACAUUGGGCUAUUGUGGGAGACGAGGCUCCUAUCGAAGAUGCACUCAACGCUUUGCUACAAUACUCGAAUCUUAUCCAUGCUGUUCCGCGUAUUUCGAGUCUGAAUAUUGCUGGCUACUUUGACUUCCUUCCUGUUACAGAUGUCGCUGAUUCCGUUGCCGAGUUUGUCAUAUCCUUACAACCACAAGAUUAUAGAGCUUGCCGACGGGACCUCUCUUUUGUUAAAGCUCAUGCUCAGCCGUGGCUAAGAGGUCUCUAUGCCCUAACUGGGACUCAAAUGCGUUGGCAUCCUUUCUAA